AUGGUUUUUUACGUAGUUAUAUUAAUUCUAUACCAUUUUACUUCCUUUUUUUUUGCACUCGAAAUAAAAAAAUAUAAAUAUAAUUUUUUAAAUAAUGUUCAUUCUAUACACCAUACAACUAGAAUACGUGCUGUUGAUGGGGGAGUUGGAGGUAAAAUAAUUGGCCAUGGUCAUUCUUAUCCUUCACAUGAAAUUCAUAAUGAUGAAUUAAAAAAAUAUAUUGAUACAAACGACGAAUGGAUACAAACCAGAACAGGAAUUAAAAAAAGAAGGGUACUAAAAAAAAAUGAAAAUAUAACAGCUUUACAAGUAGAAAGUGCUAAACAAGCUUUAAAAAAUGCGUUAUUAAGUCCGUUAGAUAUAGAUAUGAUUAUAAACGCAUCUUCUACACCUCAAAAUUUAUUUGGAGAUGCAAAUAAUAUUAGUAAUGAACUAGGAUGCAAAAAUAGUGUUAAUAUGGAUUUAACAGCAGCAUGCACAGGAUUUGUCUUUGCUUUUGCUACGGCAUACAAUUUUUUAUCAAAAUAUAAAAACAUUUUAAUAAUUGGAAGUGAUGCAUUGAGUAAUUUUGUAGAUUGGAGAGAUCGGAAUACAUGCGUUUUAUUUGGGGAUGGAGCAGGAGCUAUAAUUUUACAAAGAACAAACAGAAAUGAAGAAAAUAAUAUUUAUGACUAUUAUAUAGGAUCAAAUAGCGAACUAAAUAAUUUAUUAACAAUUAAUUUUGAAAAUGAUAAAGAUAAUUUAGAUGCCCCAAACCAAAAUAAAUAUGGAAAAAUAAAUAUGAAUGGAAAAGAAGUAUUUAAAUAUGCAAUAAAUAAAAUACCUAAUGUUUUAAAAAAAUCUGUAGAAAAUAUCAAUUUAAAAUUAAAUGAUGUUGAUUAUUUUAUAUUUCACCAAGCUAAUAUUAGAAUUUUAGAAUCAGUUGCAAAUACUUUAAAUAUACCAAAAUCAAAAAUUUUGGUAAACUUGGAUAAAUACGCAAACACAUCAGCAGCUUCAAUACCUCUAUGCUUCUCGGAAAAUAUAUCCAAUGGGAAAAUAAAAAGGAAUAACAUUAUAUGUAUGUGUGGUUUUGGGGCUGGAAUGUCAUAUGGAUGUAUUACAUUUAAAUAUUAA